GCGGAGGCUCAGGCUAUUUGUUGCUGCGCCGCCACCGCCCGACCCAUGGUAUGUUCUUUUCUCGGGCUCCGUUAGCAGCAGCCGCCGCCGCCGCCCUGUGAUUUCUGGCCUUACCUCCUCCUUCUACUCUUGCUGAGCCACUUUUCCUCGUAGUGCUAUGACCGUCGUUUCUGUCCCACAGCGGGAGCCGCUUGUUCUGGGCGGCCGCCUUGCGCCCAUGGGUUUUUCCGCCCGCGGUUACUUCGGGGCCCUCCCGAUGGUUACUGCUCCACCGCUUUUGCCCCGGAUCCCGGACCCACGGGGGCUGCCCCCCACUCUCUUCCUCCCUCACUUCUUAGGGGGAGACGGUCCCUGUCUGACCCCUCAUCCUCGCGCCCCGGCACCUCUGCCCAACUGCAGCCUCGCCACGGCGGGGGGCACCCCUCGGGCAGCACCAAAGAAGCGGCGAAAGAAGAAGGUGCGGGCCAGCCCGUCGGGGCAGCUUCCCAGCCGCUUCCACCAGUACCAGCAGCACCGGCCGAGCCUGGAGGGCGGGCGGAGCCCCGCGACGGGCCACGGCGGAGCGCAGCAAGUCCCGGACCAGGCCCAGGCCGCCGCCUGGGCCCCGGCUCCUGCGACCGCAGCUCGAACUGAGGAAGCGAGCCCUUUCCCUGGCUCGUUGCCGCCCGCGGCGCCCGGCCAACCCUCGUUCAGUAGAGAGGUUUUAAAAUCAAAGAUGGGAAAAUCGGAGAAAAUUGCCAUUCCCCACGGCCAGCUUGUUCAUGGUAUACACUUGUGUGAACAACCAAAGAUAAACAGACAGAAAAGCAAAUAUAACUUACCACUAACCAAGAUCACCUCUGCAAAAAGAAAUGAAAAUAACUUUUGGCAGAAUUCUGUUUCAUCUGAUAUAAUUCAGAAGCAGGAAAAAAAGCCUUUUAAAAAUACUGAGAAUAUUAAAAAUAAGCAUUUGAAGAAAUCAUCAUUUCUAACUGAAGUGAGCCAAAAGGAGAAUUAUGCUGGGGCAAAGUUUAGUGAUCCACCUUCUCCUAGUGUUCUUCCAAAGCCUCCUAGUCACUGGAUGGGAAGCACCAUUGAAAAUUCCAACCAAAAUAGGGAGUUGAUAGCAGUACACUUAAAAACGCUCCUAAAAGUUCAAACUUAGAUCUCAGAUUUCAGUAUGUAUGUAAAACAUAGCUUUUCCAAAAUCCCUGGACUCUUGAAAAGCAGUGGUACAGAAAUGGAAAAUUACCUUGUUGCAAUAUACAAGGGCAAAAGAUGAGUUUAAAAAUUUACAAACAGCUUGUAUUAUAUUUUAUAUUUUGUAAAUACUGUAUACCAUGUAUUAUGUGUAUAUUGUUCAUACUUGAGAGGUACAUUAUAGUUUUGUUAUGAAAGUAUGUAUUUUGCCCUGCCCAAAUGGUAGGUGUUUUGUAUAUAUACAAUGGAGAAAUUUUAAGUGUGCUAAGGCACCUGAAAGACCGAUUUAUUUGCACAAGGUACUGAGAUUUUUUUCAAGAAACAGCUGUCAAAUCUCAAGGUGAAGAUCUCAAUGUGAACAGUUUACUAAUGCACUACUGAAGUUUAAAUCUGUGGCACAAUCAUUGUAAACAUGGGGUUUGUCUAUGUUUCUCUAAAUUGAUUUCUGCCUUCUAAUCUGUAAUUACCGGAAAACUCCUAUUCCCAUUUUUACCAAACUUAAUUUCUGGGUUUUGGUUUAUAUCCAUUCAUAUUUAAAAUUUUAAUGCCAACAAAAUCGGUUGUAAUCAAAUUUUAAAAUAAUAAUAAUUUGGCCCCCCCCUUUUCAACUAGUCUUGUCUCUUUGUGUGUGAUUGUUUUUUCAUGUUUGAAUGUGUAACUAGGAGAUGGAUUUUAACUUUCCAUUUUACUGGCUAAAUGUCUAUACUAAUUGUACAUCCUCCCUCUGAAAGCUGGAGAGUCCAGUAAUUUAACACUACUACCUCUAAGGGGAGGAAUUCCCCAUCUCAUGAAUGGAAAUGGUUGUGGGCAAAAGUAAAGCUGAUUAGCUUAUAGCUUAGAA